AUGGUGAAGCGCGACUAUGCGGCCGCCGUUGGCGCGCUCAAUACGCUGCAGUCCAAUUUCUCUAUUGUAGACGCGAUACGGAAGUCUGGAAAGGGCAUGAACAAGCAGGCGAUUCCGGAGAUGAUCGAGUGGUGUCGCAAGGUCGGUUAUGAGCCCUCCAAUUUUGACGGAUUGAAAGCAAUACAUAUCGCCGGAACCAAAGGCAAAGGUUCCACGAGUGCCUUCGUCUCCUCCAUCCUCGCUCAAUACAUCAAGCCGUCCUCCGAAUCACGUACGAGUCCCACCAAAAUCGGGCUAUACACGUCUCCACACCUUCGCUCCGUACGCGAGCGCAUACAGAUAAACAACGAGCCUAUUUCGGAAGAGCUGUUCACGAAAUACUUUUUCGAGGUAUGGGACCGGUUAGAGGCUGCUGCGGACGCGGAGAACACACCAGAAGGCGUGCCGACAAAGCCAGUGUACUUUCGGUAUCUGACGCUUACGGCGUUACAUGCCUACUUGGAGGAGGGUGUGGACUCGGCAGUCAUUGAAUGUGGCAUUGGAGGAGAGUACGACAGUACCAACAUCCUCUUGAAACCAACGGUUACGGCAGUAACAAGCCUGGGAAUUGAUCACACAGCUAUGCUGGGAUCCACGCUCCCUGAGAUCGCAUGGCACAAGGCGGGGAUCUUCAAACCUGGAAGUGUUGCGUUUUCCGCUCCGCAGAAAGAGGAGGCUAUUGCUGUGUUACAAGAACGUGCGAAAGAGAGAAAUACCCAAUUGCACGUUGUCGAUGUACACCCAGAUUUAGCCAGCAACAAGGUCAAGCUUGGUCUCUCUGCUUCUUUCCAGAAGAUCAACGCCUCAGUCGCCAUAGCCACGGCUGCUGCACACCUUCGCGCUCUCGGUCAUACAUCAAUUCCCGAUCCCACAACAACAGCGCAUAUUGAGCUCCCUGCCGAGUUUAUCAAGGGCUUAGAAGAAGUCCGAUGGCCAGGACGAUGCGAAGUUCGCCGCGAGAGGAACGUAGCAUGGCACAUUGAUGGAGGCCACACACUCGAGAGCAUCGAAGUAACCGGCCAAUGGUUUGCAGAACAAAUGGCUGCAGCGAAUGCCGCUCCGAGUGCAACAAAGGCAGCACCGCGCAUCAUGAUCUUCAAUCAGCAGACACGGGAUGCAAAUGUCUUGGCAAAGGCUCUCUAUACUGCGUUACAGACCGGUAUCACAGCGGAUUCGACAUCCCCUUUUACGCAUGUCAUCUUUACAACCAACCAGACAUUCAGCGAGGGCUAUAAGCCUGAUCUUGUGUCCAUGAACACGAACCAGCAAGAUGUUGAUACGCUGGCAGUACAGAAAGCUCUGGCAAAAACUUGGUCUGAGAUUGAUAGUACCGCUGAUGUGAAAGUGUUGAAGACGAUUGAAGAGGCUGUUACUGCGGCUAGAAGCAUUGCAGGUGAUUGGGCUAAAGAAGCCGGUGCUGAUGCGGAAGUCAUGGUGCUCAUCACGGGCAGUCUGCAUUUGGUAGGAGGGGCACUGGAGAUGCUGGAGACGCAUCCAGCGAGAUGA